UCUGCACACUGAAGUCUGGCCAGCCCUGAGCAUCCGCAGGCUUCUGCAUUUGCACAGAUGUGUGAUGUAGACGUGGACACGCUUUUACUCGAGUCGGUUCGGCUACAUGGGCACGCAGCAGUCCCCACCGAGCGCCUCCCCCUCCGAACCUCCUGUGGAGCAUGGGAUUUAGAAGCACUUUCGGAUUCAGGUCGGAACCUGCAGCAGCAGGGGAAGAAAAGAGGAGCGCUGUGAUUGUUUCUCAGCAACUGGGGACUGGAAACGUGCGGUUUCUUUGGCCUCGCCCCCGGUGGGCGCGCCCUGGUGCGUUUGCCGUCCAGGUGAUGGAGCCCACUGGCCUGGGCAAAGCGAACGGAGAACGCGGAUUGCGGAAACCGAUGUGAACUCCGCAGAAAAGUGAAGGGCAGCGUGUGUCUUCCAACUUCACAUUUUAUUUUCUGCCUGGGAGUUGAUGCUUAGUCCCUGGCAGAUUCUAGAAGGUGAAGCGCUCGUGGCCAGUGAAAGUUCGGCUGCCUACCCACCUCCUGGACGUUGCGCCCUGGCCGCGCCUGUCCCGCACAAUGGGCGUCUUCACGGGCAGAGCGCGUCACCGGCCACCCCACGCUUGCAGCUGACUGACUGUGGCACCGACUUUCCCAGGAAUAUCGGGAGUGAUGUGUGUGGCUCGCGUAGUACGCACCUCGGGAAGCGUACGGACCCGACCUGAGCCGAGCAGCAUCUCUGCGUAAACGUUGGAGACGCGGUGUCUUCCGGGAGCACCGCGGGCUGGCUGCGCCUGUCUACCCACCGGGAUGGGGAUGAUGCAAUGGAGGGGUUAAGGACCCACGUGCCCACUCCCUCCCCGGAGACCCCUGCAGGGAGACCCCUGGGAGGGACCUCGUCCACUCGCGGGUGUGCCCGGCCACCAGGCCGCACCGAGGUCACCCGAGGGUCCGUGGGCGACCUUCGUCCUCCCCUUCUGCAAGAACCAAAGUCGGUUACAAGGUGCUGGCUGCCAGCUGCUGCGUCGCCCAUGUAGAAGGUGCACCUCCUGGGAGCAGGCACGGCUUUUUGCUUUUCUGACCAUGGAGAGAUAGGACGGUCCCUGCAGCCUGCCCGACAGAAAGCUGUGCCGCCACCACCGGCCGCGCCCAUCCUUCGGAUGGAUCGCAACAGAGAGGCUGAGAUGGAGCUGAGGCGAGGCCCCAGCCCCACCAGGGCCGGCCGGGGCCACGAGGUAGACGGGGACAAGGCCACCUGCCACACCUGCUGCAUCUGCGGCAAGAGCUUCCCCUUCCAGAGCUCGCUUUCGCAGCACAUGCGCAAGCACACGGGCGAGAAGCCCUACAAGUGCCCCUACUGUGACCACCGGGCUUCCCAGAAGGGCAACCUCAAGAUUCACAUCCGGAGCCACCGCACAGGGACUCUGAUUCAGGGGCACGAGCCGGAGGCGGGCGAGGCGCCGCUGGGCGAGACGCGCGCUUCCGAGGGCCUGGACGCCUGCGCCAGCCCCACCAAGAGCGCCUCGGCCUGCAACCGGCUGCUGAAUGGGGCCUCGCCAGCCGAAGGCGCCAGGGUCCUGAACGGGGCCUCGCAGGCCGACAGCGGCAGGGUCCUGCUGCGGAGCAGCAAGAAGGGGGCGGAGGGCGCCGCGUGCGCCACGGGGGAGGCUAAGGCGGCGGCUCAGUGCUCCUUCUGCAAGAGCCAGUUUGAGCGGAAGAAGGACCUGGAGCUGCACGUGCACCAGGCGCACAAGCCGUUCAAGUGCCGGCUGUGCAGCUUCGCGACGCUGCGGGAGGAGUCGCUGCUGAGCCACAUCGAGAGGGACCACAUCACCGCGCAGGGGCCCGGGGGCGGCGGCGGGGCCGAGGCCUGCGUGGAGAACGGCAAGCCCGAGCUGAGCCCUGGUGAGUUCCCGUGCGAGGUGUGCGGCCAGGCCUUCAGUCAGACCUGGUUCCUGAAGGCGCACAUGAAGAAGCACCGUGGCUCCUUCGACCAUGGUUGCCACAUCUGCGGCCGCAGGUUCAAGGAGCCCUGGUUCCUCAAGAACCACAUGAAGGCGCACGGCCCCAAGACGGGCAGCAAGAACAGGCCCAAGAGCGAGAUGGACCCCAUCGCCACCAUCAACAACGUGGUCCAGGAGGAGGUGAUCGUGGCCGGCCUGAGCCUCUACGAGGUCUGCGCCAAGUGCGGGAACCUGUUUACAAACCUGGACAGCUUGAACGCUCACAACGCCAUCCACCGCAGGGUCGAGGCCGGCCGCGCCCGCACCCCGGCCGAGGACGGGGCAGAGGGGCCCCCGGACACCAAGCAGUUCUUCCUCCAGUGCCUGAACCUGAGGCCGUCGGCGGCCGGCGACGCGUGCCCGGGCGCGCAGGCCGGACGGCGAGUGGCCGAGCUGGACCCGGUCAACAGCUACCAGGCCUGGCAGCUGGCCACGCGCGGCAAGGUGGCCGAGCCGGCCGAGUACCUCAAGUACGGGGCCUGGGACGAGGCGCUGGCGGGGGACGUGGCCUUUGACAAGGACCGGCGCGAGUUCGUUUUGGUGAGCCAGGAGAAGCGCAAGCGAGAGCAGGACACGCCGGCCGUACAGGGGCCCCCGCGGAAGCGGGCGAGCGGGCCUGGGGACUCCGCGCCUGCCGGCCACCUCGACCCGCGCUCGGCCGCGCGCCCCAGCCGCAGGGCCGCCGCCACCACCACUGGCCAGGGCAAGUCCUCCGAGUGCUUCGAGUGCGGCAAGAUCUUCCGCACCUACCAUCAGAUGGUGCUGCACUCGCGCGUGCAUCGCCGCGCUCGCCGCGAUAGGGACAGGGACAGCGAUGGGGACCGGGCGGCGCGCGCCCGCUGCGGCUCGCUCAGCGAGGGGGACUCGGCCUCCCAGCCCAGCAGCCCCGGCUCCGCCUGUGCCGCCGCGGACUCCCCGGGCUCCGGCCUGGCCGAGGAUGCUGCCGAAGACAGCGGUGAGGAGGGCGCCCCCGAACCUGCACCAGGGGGACAGCCGAGCCGCUGCUGCUUUUCCGAAGAGGUGACUUCGACUGCACUCUCCAAUGGAGACCAGAGUCACAAGCUGGGAGAGAACGCCUCAGAAAGGGACGCUGGCGAGUCCAAGGCGGGGAUCGCAGCUUCUGUGUCCGUACUUGAAAACAGUAGCAGAGAGACUUGUAGGAGGCAGGAGCAGCACAGGUUUUCUAUGGACUUAAAGAUGCCAGCAUUUCAGCCCAAGCAGGAGGUGCCCGGCCCUGGCGAUGGUGUGGAGUUCCCUUCCAGUACGGGCGCGGAGGGCCAGACGGGUCACCCUGCAGAGAAGCUGUCUGAUUUGCACAACAAGGAACACUCUGGGGGAGGGAAGAGGGCUCUGGCCCCAGACCUCAUGCCGCUGGAUUUGAGUGUGAGGUCGACACGGGAUGACCCCAGCAAUAAGGAGGUGGCCUCCUCCCUGCAGGCGGCGCUGGUCAUUCACCCGUGUCCUUACUGCAGCCACAAGACCUACUACCCCGAGGUCCUGUGGAUGCACAAACGCAUCUGGCAUCGCGUCAGCUGCAACUCCGUGGCUCCCCCGUGGAUCCAGCCCAAGGGUUACAAGAGCAUCAGAAGUAACUUGGUUUUCCUUCCCCGGAGCGGACGCACGGGCCCCCCGCCUGCCCUUGGUGGCAAAGAAUGCCAGCCUCUGCUCCUGGCUCGGUUCACCCGCACUCAGGUGCCAGGGGGGGUGCCGGGGCCCAAGAGUGGCUCUUCUCCCCUGGGAGUGGCCUCGAAAGCCGCUAGCAUGCCUAAGAAUAAGGAGAGCCAUUCCGGAGGCCCCUGCGCUUUGUGGGCGCCCGGCCCUGACGGGUAUCGACAGACCAAACCCUGUCACGGCCAGGAGCUACAUGGUGUGGCCGCACAGGGGCCCCUGGCCAAGCCUAGGCAGGAGGCAGGCUCCAAACCGGUGCCCACCCCGGGUGGCGGGGGCUUCAGCAGGAGCACUACCCCCACGCCCACUGUCAUCACCCGGGCGGGCACUCAGCCCUCGACCAACAGCAAGCCCGUGGAGAAGUUUGGGGUCCCCCCGGCGGGGGCCGGCUUUGUCCCUGCAAAUAAGCACAGUGCCCCGGACUCCCUGAAAGCCAAAUUCAGCCCUCAGCCUCAGGGUCCACCUCCUGCAAAGGGCGAAGGGGGUGCCCCUCCUCUACCUCCCCGUGAGCCCCCCUCGAAGGCGGCCCAGGAGCUGAGGACUCUGGCCACCUGUGCUGCGGGGUCCAGGGGUGACGUGGCCUUGCAGGCCCAGCCCGUUGUUGCUGGGGCACCCCCCAUCCUACACUCCAUCAAACAGGAGCCGGUGGCUGAGGGGCACGAGAAGCGCCUGGACAUCCUCAACAUCUUUAAGACGUACAUUCCAAAGGACUUCGCCACCCUCUACCAGGGCUGGGGCGUUGGUGGCCCUGGGCUGGAGCACAGAGGGACGCUCCGGACGCAGGCCCGGCCAGGAGACUUCGUCUGCAUCGAGUGCGGAAAGACCUUCCACCAGCCCGGCCACCUCAGGGCCCACAUGCGGGCACACUCAGUGGUGUUUGAGUCUGAUGGACCCCGGGGUUCUGAAGUUCAUGCCACCCCUGCAGAUGCCCCCAAACAAGGGAGAGACCAUUCUAACACAGGUACCGUCCAGACAGUGCCUCUCAGAAAGGGAACCUAAAGGCAUGUUCCGACGCACCCCGGGUCCCUGUCACGGCCGCUAGCAGCACCCUCAUGGAUGCCCCCGCAGCCUCCCACCGUGACCUGGCCACUCCAAGGAAGAACCGCUGGAGGACUCCCGAGCAGACACCUCACAUCCCAAGCCGCUGCACUGGAGUGGAAACGAAAGGCAGAUGCCUGUCCUUGUUAAAUGUUCAGAAAUAAAUGAAGAUGCUCUACUCUAGAAAUACAUGUAGAUACUAUAUACGCAUAUACGUGCUCAUCGCCCAUAGAUCCAUAUUUCCUUCUAAUAAAAAGUAGUACUGGCAGGCACAGUAGAGGCACAAGGCAUCUAUCUUAUUCGAGACAAGUUUGAGACACUGGAAAAAAAGAUACUUGUUGUGUGUGUUGGACAGAGUGGCGAGGCUGAGCACUGUCUCAGGGGCCUCCCACGCUCAGAGGGACUGUGGAGAUGAUGUCAGAACAAGCCGUGGUGGAUUUGAGCUUGAUCGAGUAUUCAUACUACUGCCUUUCCUUGUCUUAGUGGGUAUUUAAAAGAGUAAAUAGGAAGGAGGUGAUGUUCAGGUGCUGUGGGAAGCAGGCUUGGUGGAGGGGCACGAUGAUGAGACGGGCAUCACUCGUUGGUUCCCUCGCAUUCCUCUGGGGGCUGCGUGCACCUGCCGUGUGCUGGUUCCAUUCUUUUCACCGUUCGAACUCAGCGAAUCCGGCAAAGGAGACACGUCUGUGGGAAUGCGUAGAUUCUGCUUCGGAAGAGAGCUAGUGAACACUAAGAAAAGCAGGCUUCUUGUUUAUUCUCAGGACCUUUUUGUAACAGGGCUACAUUCUGCAAACUGCUUAUAAAGGAAGACUAUACGUCUUAAAUUAUUUAGCCACUGAGUCCUCCCGGUUCGGACCUGUUUUAGUAAUGGCAGAAGAAGCCACGAGCAGGUUCAGGAGCCCUAGAGUGCUAGGGUGCUGAGCUCUGGCGCCUUCUGUCCCCACUCUUUGCCUCCCCCGCUUCCCUGUGCCACCCCAGCGAGUGGGUGUCUUUUUUCCCUGGGCCUGGUGACCUCCACAGGAUGAGGAACUUUGUUCACAAAGGGUGGGGAUCACCAGCCCCUUGGGUGGGGGAAAGCUCUAUAUACCUCUUCCUCAGUAAUGCAAAUGCAAGUUUUUGUGGUGGGGGUUAAGGCCCAUAGCAAAGGAUCUUAAACCAUGCAGUGUACGCAGUUGAAAUUGUAUUCCACAGAUAUAAAUAUUUUCUUUUCCCAUUGCCGUGACACUGUGUGUGAUGGCAGUAUUUCUGAGACUUUCAGAUUUUUGCACAUUAUGAUUUUAUGCAUUAUCAAAAGUUACUGCUGCCUUGAAUGAAAAUGUUCUGUGAAAUUUUUUGCAAAAGCUUUACUAGGUUUUUUUUUAAUUGUGAAAUUUUGUAAAGGCAGGAAACGGAUUAAAACGAGCAUGCUAAAUAUAUUUUUCAAGAAAGCAAUAAUUUUACAUGUACAGAAAUUAUCCUAACCUUUAAUACUGGUGAGAGCGACAGUUUACUUCAUACAGUAAUGGAGUAGGGCAGUUUUUGUAGACAGAGGGCUUCUGAUACAAAGUCUUGUUUAAACAGAGACACACACACACACACAUACACACACCCCCUAAAGUGUGGGUUUCCUGUUCUAAUGAUUUGUUGAAUAUUAUUAUUAUAUUAUUAUUAUUGUUGUUAUUGUUAUUAGUUAAUGUUUGGUUCUGGAUUCUACUUGUUACUGAGUUUGAAUUACUUGACGGUUCAGAUUACUUGCAACACUUUCAAACAAUGCAAUGUAACUGGCUAGCUUAUAUAUAUAUGUAUGCAUAUAUAUAUAUAUGUGUGUUUUUUUUUUUUUUACUUUUUUUUUCUGAUAUUCUUAAGCCAGGUAUGUACGAAAAUGAUGUGUCCUGUUGGUGUAAUUAGGAAUGUCAUGCAGAUACAGUGAAGCAACUGUAAUUGACUGUUCUGUAAAGUUAUUUUGAGCAAAGUUGCGGAGACACAUUCCUCUGUCCACCUGAAACAUCAGAAUCCUCUUCUUUGAUUUAUGUCGAAUCAUUUCGGUAGUUUCCCCACUGGUGAUCAUUUCUGCAUUUCCUGGUUGUUGGUUUCUUGGCUGAAAGUGGAUGACGACUGUUAGGAAUGCCAGGGAUUAGUGAUUUGGUCCUGUUUCUCUGUGUUUUAGUUAUUAAAAAGAAAUUCUGUACCCAAAGUGACACAAAAGUGUAGUCUACAUUUUUACUGUUUCAGAAGCAGCAUGGUAAAGCGCAGUUGGCCUUUAGAGCUGGACGUGUCCUGCUGGCGAGUCUCCAUCCUGGAGAGUGUGGUGGGGAGUGGGCUGGUGCUGGGGCCCCGCCGGCCGUGGGCUGGAUCCUACCUGGCUCACAGGAGAGGGGUGGAGGACAGCCGGCUUGCAGGGCCACGCAGGGGGUGCAGAGUGCGGGUUUUCACCCAGACAAACUGGGGGUCCCCCAAGAACACCACCCCUGGAGGCCAGCUGUGGCAUGCCUGGAUGUCUGGGCCCUUCCUUCCACCGAUCAUCAGUAUUGUGUUGGUUUGUUAAUUUGUUGAUGUCAGUUUGGUCAUAGUAUUUAAUAUGAUUUGUGUUUUCUUAUUUAUUUAGCCACUGUUUGACUCCCUUCUUUUCCAAACGGUGAUUUCUGCAUGAUACACUUCUGUACGUCGUCUUCUGACUGUUACAGACUUUCUACUACCUCUCCCGAUCUGCUGUUUCCUUGUUUCUUAACAGGAGUUUUUACAGUGUUGCGUCUAAUGUAACUUAGACAAUAAAGGGUUUGGUUGUCUACACUGCAGCUUUGGGUGUCUCUCCCCUGCUUUCGGCUCGCUGCUGUCCGCCCCGCCCUUGCUGGGGCCUGGCUCCGCCCUGGCCUGCCUUCCGCACCCGCCUCUUUCCCCGCUCACGUCUCUUCCUCAUUUUUGCAUUCAAAUAACACACCGCUAAUGAGCUUCUAAAAACCCUUCAGGUUAUUCACUUGUAUUCCUUAAUUUGAAGAAUGAAUAUUUAAAUUCUCCCAAAAGUCAGAUACUGAGAAUCUUCUCUGGGAAAGUGGCCGCUGUACCUGCCCACCUUCUGCUUGGUUCCCGGAAGGUCUUACUGUAAUCUUAGACGGGCAGAUUUCAUUCUCAUCAGCACCAUACAGAUUUGGCUUCAAAACCAAGUGAAUUUUGCCUUUGAGGCUCUGAAAAGUAUUAAAUGCUUUAAGAGGUUCCCCCAAUAUUUACUUAUUUAAUUUUUUUAAACCAAGAAAGACACUGGUUUCCUGAAAAGCAGGUGCUUCAGGAAGUAGCAGUUGGGAGUUGGAUACAGUUACUUGGCCAGAGAAAGGAGCGCCUCGCAUGACAGGCCACUGCCCCAUCCGGCCACCAUGCACAAGUCACUGAGCACACGAGAACCCCUCGGUCGCGGCUCCGGCGCCUGUGGCUUUCAUCAUCUUCGCACUCCUUCAGUGUGCAGGGUUGAGCAAGAAAGGGCAAGUUUCAUCUCCAUGAUGCCUCUCCUUGGCAACUCUGGUCGCCAUCUGUUCUUUGGACAGAGAGGAGACAGAGUGAAGUGACAGGGUGAGUAGCGAUGUCUUCGAGCUGAAGGAACAUGGGUGCAGUCUUGGUCUGUUGUGUGGAAGAGGGCACCUCCUGGGCUUUUGUGGCCGGAGACUGUCUGCACCAUUCCUUCCUUCAAACUAGACAAAACCGUCCUCUGCCACUCCCAGCGAGUUCUGAGAGCUUUCCAGGCUGUAGAAAAGGAAGGAAGAAAGGAAGGAAGGAUGACCGGCAUUCGGAUAGCUUUACUUUCCACUUCAAAAUGUCUUAAGUAGCAUAUGUUGUUUUACUGCUUUUAACUUUGGUGAGUUCUAAUUUCAGAAUGUUUUAUUCAUUGAGCAAAAAAAGAUGAAAAAACCACAGGCCAGGACUUAAGGGAGGAGGACAUCUUUGUUUGCUGUGGUUGGUGGGAGAACACUCUGGAACCUGGUAACAGGCCUACAGGGAGUGACCUGGGGGCCGCCUGCCUGGGAAAAUGUUCAUUCUUCAUCAACUUUGUUAAUUCUACUUUGAGGCAGUAAAAUGCAAAAGACCAUAGAAAUUUGUAUUUCCUUUUUUAAAAUACAAUUUAUAACAUUAUAUUUUGUACUCUUUAUAUUAGAAUUUGUAACUAGAUUGAUGUAUUUAACUCUAUUUCUGAAAAAGUAAUUCGAUGUUUUAGUUGUGUGAUAAAAGUAUUUAGAGAAAACAUAUUCAUUCUAUUGGAAUUUGAAAUAAAUAAAAACAUCUUGGAGUUCUGA